AUGAGGUGGAGGCGAGAUGAGAAUACUAAACAGCCACCUCAUGGCUCAGCAUCAGCACCGGGCUGAGUUAGGAUUUGCGCACCCUCCAAACUUGGCUUGGGACCUCAGCAUGUGAACAGGCUUUGCAGGAGGAGGAUCCACCUAGAAUGUCAGCUCUGAAGAAGGUGUUGCCAGGCAUACUGCAGAAGCAUUGCUGUAUUUUACCAGACAGAAACACAGGAGUGAAGAGGUUGCUGAUGAAAUUGAAGAGCAGGGAGAUAUACUCAGACCAGCAGUAUUCAUGGUCACCCUCGCAGUACUUCGAUGAGGACAGCUACUCCCCUCCACCCAGGAACAUGAAGGGUCUCUCCGGUGGCCGCCCUGCCCAGCUCCACCUCACCUCUCCCACCUCAGCCCAUACCUGUGGCCUGGUUGACUGUGACCAUUCCCUGGACCACCACCUCCACCAUGGUGACUCUCGGCCCCCCUCCUACCUCCUCAGCCCCACUGAGAGCUGCCCCCUUGAAGGUCACCACCGCUGCUCCCCUCGGAGUUCCAUCCACUCCGAGUGUAUGGUGAUGCCAGUGUCCAUGUCUGCCACUGACCACUCCAUCUCAAGUAGCACUUUUCCCCGCAUGCACUAUGGCAGCACUUCACGGGACAGUGGUGGCAACACUUCCGGUGGCAGGGAAUCCCGAGACGACGGUGGUUCAUCCUCACAUGGCAGCAGCGGCAAAAUGAACCGAAUUCCAGCAAACCUCCUGGACCAAUUUGAAAAGCAGAUGCCGUUGCACCGAGAUGGUUUCCACACAUUGCAGUACCAACGCACCUCCACUACAACCACAACAACAGAGCAGCGCAAUGAGAGCCCCGGACGAAUACGCCAUCUAGUCCACUCGGUACAGAAGCUCUUUACAAAAUCUCACUCUUUAGAAGGUUCCUCCAAAAUGAAUGGUACCAAAAGUGAUUCACAUCGGGACAGCUCACACCACCACCAUCAUCAUCACCAAGGCCACCACAAACACAGCAAGCGCAGCAAGAGCAAAGAACGGAAAUCUGACGGCAGCGGCAAGCAGCGUUCAGGAGGUUGGUGGAGUUCAGAUGAUAACCUGGACAGUGACAGCACAUACCGAACACCGAGCGUAAUGUCACGACAUCCCAUAGACCACAUCAGUCACUGCUACCCCGACUCAAUGCACGGCCAUCUGGCAGGAGAUCUGUCGCUAAAAACAUCCAAGAGUAACAAUGACGUCAAGUGUUCGGCCUGCGAGAGCAUAAGCAUGGCACCAGAAGGCAAGUUCAUGAAGAGGAGCUCCUGGUCCACACUAACAGUCAGCCAAGCCAAGGAGGCCUACAGGAAGUCCUCACUCAACCUGGAGAAGCCGAUGACGCCCACUGACCUCAAGCCCAACCUCAGGCCCUGUCACUAUCUACAGGUGCCCCAGGAUGAGUGGGGGGGUUACCCCGGUGGCGGGAAGGAUGAUGAGAUCCCUUGCCGUCGGAUGAGGAGCAGCAGCUACGUUAAAGCCAUGGGGGAUGAAGAGAGCGGAGAGUCGGAUUCCAGCCCUAAGACAUCACCUCAGAAGUCGGUGCGGCCAGAUGCUUUAGUCAAGGCCAUCAUCAGACCCAGGGACCUGCUGGACUCCCAGAGCUCUUACCGCCUGGAUAAAAUCAACAGUGACAUGCGUAACUACAUCACCAAUUUUGCUGCAGACUUAAGUCAGAGCUACCACUUGCAAGCCACCAGGGACAUGCACCCAAGCCUCGCCCUGGAUCCUUCUGCCAACUACAACUCUCCCAAGUUUCGCUCCAGGAACCAGAGCUAUAUGCGGGCCGUCAGCACCCUCAGCCAGGCUAGCUGUGUUAGCCAAGUGAGUCAGGUGAGCGAGACGGAAAUAAAUGGCCAGUUUGAGUCGGUUUGCGAGUCAGUGUUCAGCGAGGUGGAAUCCCAGGCCAUGGAAGCUUUAGACCUGCCCGGCUGCUUCCGGACCAGGAGUCACAGUUACCUGCGAGCCAUCCAGGCCGGAUACUCCCAAGACGAUGACUGCAUCCCACCUAUGACCUCUUCCACUGUCACCUCCACCAUCCGGUCCACCACAGGGAUCCAGUUCUGCCUCCCCUCUUCCUGCAGCAUUGAUCGGACUUCCCAGCAACCCCCAGCCAUCACCUACACACCCAGCUACAAGAAGACCCCUCCUCCAGUCCCGCCACGCACCACCUCCAAACCCCUCAUCUCCAUCACAGCCCAGAGCAGCACAGAGUCCACCCAGGACGCCUACCACGAAGGGCGGCACCCUCAUGGCGGUAUGUGGACUUCUGAUGGUCUCAGCCUAGGGUUGAGCCCGGGCAGGGGUCUCUACAACUCCACCGACAGCCUGGACAGCACCAAAGCCGUAACUAUAGCCAUGGAGGCAGCCGGGGUCAUGGCCGGAAAAAGACACCCGUCCACCGACAGCCACAGCUCGGUGCUCACGUGCGACAAGGCCAUCCUGGUGUCCAAGGCCGAGGAGUACUUAAAGACCCCGCGAUCCUCUAUAGGGAUACAGGUGGAAGCAGCCACGGACUCUGAAUCUGAAAGCAAAGGCUCACGGGAGUACCACUCUGUUGGGAUCCAGGUGGAGGACGACAAGAAGGGCCAGGCCCGGUUCAAACGGUCCAACAGUGUGACGGCCGCUGUGCAGGCGGAUAUGGAGCUGGAAGGAUUCCCCACCAUGGAAGACAAGGGUCUGCAGUUUGGCGGUGGCUUCCAGCGUCACUCGGAGCCCAGCACACCAACUCAGUACGGAGCAGUGCGAACUGUACGCACCCAGGGGCUCUUCAGCUACCGUGAGGAUUACCGAACCCCCGCUGAGCCCCCCAGCCCCAGAGAGACCACCAGCGAGACCAGCUGGCAACUGGAACCUCCCUCCCCACGGGAGACUACGGCCCCAUCAGGGGAGUCGGGCAGGGUGUCCCCCUCCUUGAGGAGAGAUGGAACCUGGUUUAUGCAGCUGCUCCACACUGAGACCAAGAGGAUGGAGGGGUGGUGUAAAGAGAUGGAGGCGGAGGCAGAGGAGAACGACCUAUCAGAGGACAUCCUAGGUAAAAUCCGAAGUGCAGUGGGAAGUGCUCAGCUGCUCAUGUCUCAGAAAUUCCAGCAGUUUUACUGGCUGUGUCAGCAAAAUCUGGACCCCAGUGCCAUGCCGCGACCGACCUCUCAGGACCUCGCUGGGUUCUGGGACCUUCUGCAGCUCUCCAUCGAUGACGUCACCAUGAAGUUCGACCAGCUGCAGCAGAUUAAGAACAACAACUGGAGGCCUGUAGACAGCCCCGAGAAGAAGCCACCAGCUCCUGUACCAAAGAAGACAGUUCGACAGAAGAGUGUGAUAACGAGGGAGAAAUCUCUGGACCUCCCGGACAGACACCGGCAGGAGGCUCGACGGCGGCUCAUGGCAGCCAAACGCGCCGCCUCGUUCCGGCAGAACUCAGCCUCGGAGCGGGCAGACAGCAUCGAGAUCUAUAUUCCCGAGGCUCAGACUAGACUUUGAGAGGACAGAGUCAGGGGCCAGUUUAUCUCCCUGCUCCAACAUCUAAACAACUUUUAAACUAGCCUUUUUUCUAUACUGCUACUCUGUCUCCUCUUCCUUUGUCCAUCUAUUGUCUGAUCUGUUUUAGCCAUCCUCAGUGCCCAUCGCCACUGGUCAGUAGGAUGUGCCAAGCUCGUCCCAUUGCCAGAAUAAGUGUUUAAUGAGAUGUACGAGUGACAUGGGUUGGUUGGGUUUCUUCUUGAUUUGCUGGUGAUCCUGAUACCCAGCCUACAAGCUCUCAUCCAUGUCCUGGAUGGGUACGUCUGUAGUUUUUCAGCAUUUGCAAAGUGCCAUUUAAAAAGUGCAGCUUUGAAAACCUACCAGCAACCAGGCCUUUGAGCUAAAAGAGUCAAUGAGACAAAUGAUAUUUAUUUGAAGUUGUUUGAAAACAUCAAAACUUAGAAACCCUUCUGUAUUUUUCAAUGAUUUCAGUUAAUAUUACUGAUUUUUCUUUUGUUUGGGAUAAAUGUUAAUUACAUCUAAAAAUCUGAGAUUUGUUCUGAGUUUAAAACUUUGAAAAGUGCCAAUGCUUGAAAUACCUCAGCUCUGUGCAUGUGGCACUGAUCGCCCAUUUAAGGUUAUUCAGGCACCCCUCAUAAGCUCUGGACUGGUCAGUGUUGAAAAAAUGCAGCUUUCUACCCAAUCUGGAUGUAGUCAAUCAUUUCAUGGUCUGGAUUGGUGGAAGAAUGACUUUUGUCAGCUCAUCAACAUGCACAUUUGAAAUAACUUUUCCUAUAUAUCUAAUUUUCCUGUUGCCAAUUUUCAAAUAUUGACAUUUACUUGAAGCUGAAAACAUGCAAGUCUUGUGCCAACAUUUUCAUUCUGUCAAUGCAGUAGGAAAAAAACUGAAGGUUUGUGUAUCUCCUUAGAUCAAAAUGUGUAGACAAAUGCACUUAUGCACUUAUUACAAUUCUCUCUAUUUCCAAGGGAAAUGUACAUACCCAAGUUCACAAUAGUACUGUUGUAUUUUUGAAUUGUGAGCAGGAAGAACAUCCAUUGUGUAUUUUCCCCAUGUCCAAAGCCGGCCUGCCCUCUGUUUUUCUUUCGACAAAUCUGAAUCAGUUGCAUACACACAGUCAUAUUCUCUUACACAUACACACAAAACCAUGACUCUUUUCAUCUUAUAUACUAGUCUCAGGCCCUUUCAAGUAGCGCCCUCAGCCCUCACAGUUAAUGAGGAAUGAUGACAAAUCUUCCAAAAUGUCAACAAAAUAUCUGCAUUUUUUUGUUCUUUUCUUUUUAAUCCAAGAAAUACCUCAUAAUAUUCAUACUGCUUUAAAAGUUCUCUGUUACUGAACGUCUCUCUGAGUAUCAUAACUGCACUGACUCCCUCCAGGAAAAGCUGGAAAGAAAUGAAAUGAAACUGGGGCAAAAGUGUUCCAGUGGGAUGCUAGCAGCAAAUCCCAAAUAAGGAAAACUUAGCAGGUUUCCUCUUAGAGUGGAAUAAAGGCUGAACAGAAGAGUCACACACUCUGGCUAUGCAGGCCUGUACAGUAUGUAGUAUUCCAACACAACUUCAUCUAUAUUUUCAUCUAAGAUACGAUAGAAGCCAUGGUCAAAUUUUGUCUUAGUUAUGAAGUAGGUGAAUAAUAUAUAGGAAGAUAAACAUGACUUAAAUGAAGCAGGUUGCACCAAAAUGUUCUAUUAUAGACAUGAAUCAUUCCUGCAAAUGACAACUAUCUAAGAAAUAAAAACAAUCUAUAAUGAGCACUUACAAAAUAUGGUUUACAUACUGUUAUCAGUAAUGUCAUUUUAAAGGACAGUUCAUAAACACUGCAAUGUGUCUGUAAAAUGUUAAUCUUAAAUUGUUUGCAUAAAUGAAUUACAAUAGCAUUAUGUUAAAAAAUAAUUAUUCAUCCUCUAAAAUUAUUGUUGAAACCAACUUAACCCAUAAAGACCCAGGGUUA